ACCCACACUCACUCCACAGCUGUACAUAUAUAUAUAUUUAUGUUAAUGAAGCGUAGCGUGUGCCAGCAACGCGAAGCUCGAAGUGCGGGGAGAGUGAAAGGGAAGGAAAUGGCUAGAGGAGGAGAUCCGCGCCGGUACUGUUACAGAGAAGCGCUACCAUUCGCGGCGAUGGUGGCCAUGGAGUGUACCAACGUCGGCCUCAACACUCUCUUCAAGCUCGCCACGCGCCAUGGCAUGAGUCGCCAUGUUUUCCUCGUCUACGCCUACGGUGUCGCCGCUUUCGUGCUGCUUCCAUCCCCUUUCUUUUCCCGCAGAUCACCGCUGCUGCCUUCGCUGAAUUCGCGCAUUCUGCUCAAGAUAUUUCUCCUCGGAGCCGUCGGGUACUCAUCGCAGAUAAUGGGGUACACAGGAAUCGAUUACGCUUCUCCGACGCUUGCAUCCGCCAUGAGCAACCUGGCUCCGGCAUUUACUUUCGUUCUCGCCAUCGUUUUCAGGAUGGAAAGGGUAGCUUUGUCAAGCCGAAGCAGCCAGGCUAAAAUUCUUGGCACCACUGUUUCUAUAUUGGGAGCUCUUGUCAUGACACUUUAUCAAGGUCCAAGCAUUAAUGCAGCUCACUCGCCUGUUGUUUCAUUGCAUCGUCAAUCGCUUCAUUCAUCCCAAACAAACUGGAUGAUCGGCAGCCUAUUUCUGUCAGUUGAAUAUUUUCUUGUUCCUGUGUGGUACAUUUUACAGACACAAAUUAUGAAGGAGUAUCCAGCAGAACUGACCGUAGUCUUCUUCUACACAUCGUUCGUGAGCAUCAUAGCUGCUGUUGCCGGGGUUUUCAUGGAACCAAAAUCCAGCCAAUGGAUCAUCAAACCCAAUGUUGCUCUGGCUUCUAUGUUAUGUUCGGGAGUGCUCGGGUGUUGUGUGAACAAUGUCGUUCACACAUGGGCCUUACACCUCAGAGGACCUGUCUAUGUUGCGAUGUUCAAGCCUCUUUCAAUCGCCAUAGCUGCAGCCAUGGGCGUAGCUGUCCUGGGGGAUACUCUGUAUCUUGGAAGCAUCAUUGGAGCGACGAUCAUAGCCGUUGGAUUCUACACAGUGAUAUGGGGAAAAGCUAAAGAGGAGUUCGGUGAAUACGACGCCAGAGCAUGCGCCGGGGACUUGGAGUCUUCCACUGCCAAAAAGCAUCCUUUGCUACAAAGCUAUAACUCCCAAGUUCCCACCAAGUGGUGAUGAUUAAUUAAGACAACCAUGUGUAGGUAAAUUAUCUCUACCCAAACAUAUUAUUACUAUAUAUAUAUAUGUAUAUACGAGAAUAAUAGAAAGAAAUACUGCAUAUGUCUAAGUAACUGUAUAUUCUUGUUCCUGUCUUGUUGUAAUAAUUUUAAGAUAUAUAUCCAG